AUGGUCGUAUGGAUUCAGUUCCCGGGCCUCCCAGUGCACUUUUAUCAUAAGGAAAUUCUUUUCGCAUUGGGGAACAUGGUGGGCAGGGCUAUCAAGCUUGACUUUCAUACGCAGCAUCAACAACGAGCUAAGUUCGCUAGGAUGGCGGUGGAACUCGAUUUCUCCAAACCGCUGGUCACAAGAAUUCGGCUGGACGGGAAGUGGCAAUACAUUGAGUACGAGAACCUGCCGGCGUGCUGUUUUGAGUGCGGUAAGAUUGGGCACACGACGCUGACCUGCCCGACUCUGGUUGCCAAGAUUCAGCCGCCGACUGGUGAAGUGAGGUCUGGUUCACCGGAAGCCUGGCCGGAGACGGUGUCGGAGGAGAAACAAGGAUUUGGUCUAUGGAUGCAGGUUUCACGGAAAUCUCGGCGAGGGAAUCGGAAUGGAGAAAAAGGAAACCUGAACGCUAGUCAUGGGGAUUCAUCCGGGAUUGGGAAAAAUGGAAAAGGAAAGAGCUCUCUACAAGAAAUAGAAAGCCACAACGGGCUUAAGGGGGGACAAAAGGAAGGUAUUGAUCAGCGAGGAGAGGCGGCGCGGGUGGGAAUGAACGAGGAAGGAAAGUCGAUUGGCGCUGGGAACAGAAAAGGUAAAGAGAAAUUGGGGAAUGCGAUGGCGGAUCUAGCCAUGGGGGGGAAAGGAGUCCUUAGUCCAAUUCCAUCUUCAAAGGCCGGCCCAUCUUCAGGGCCCAUGAAUAAUCGGAGCAAGGGAACUGGGGCAGUCUCUCCUGCUGCUGGGCCUAAAAUGGGUUGGAGGCCCGUCAGCAACUAA